AUGAAGCUUCUGGCCCUACUAGUCACGGUAGAAUGUUUAUACUGUGCCUACGCACAGGACGAAAAAGUUGAAGAGCGCAAACUUAUUUCGUAUGAAACGAAAGUCUUUCACAAAAUUCCAGAACAUACAAUAGUUGAGGAGAAAAUAGAAGAACUUAAAAAGGUCCCCAUACUUGAGAAAAAAGGCGAGACCGGUGAGGAAAAGUCUGCGAUUCCUAGUUACGAGUUCGGCUAUGGCGUUAAAGAUCCGAUCAGUGGUGACCAUAAGGAUCAGUGGGAAAAGCGUCACGGUGAUCACGUGAAGGGUGCGUAUCGGUUUGACGAAUCGGACGGUACGCAACGCGUGGUAGAAUAUGAAGCAGAUGGCAAAAAAGGCUUUGAAGCGACUGUGAAGAAUAUCGAGCGUAAAGACACCGCCAUCGAAGGUGAGGAAGCAUCGAUUGUGGGAAAGAAGGAGGGCAAAGUGGCUCACAGCUAUAGCUACCUUAAGAGAACUGACCACUAA